UUUUACUGAUAUUUUUAAAGUAUUCAUAAAAAAAGAAACAAAAUAAAUUACGUUCAAAAAUGUCGGAGACUAAAGUAAGCCAAGAUAGAAGAGUGGUACGCGAAUUUCUCGGAUUAGACGAUUGCACUAAAACCAAUAUGAUUUUAUUGGCUACCGAAUUUUUUGGUACCUUAGCCAUCGCCUUCACUUUCAUUCUUACUAUGGCACAACAGUAUAUUGAUCCACAAGAAGCAUUAAAUCGAUCAGAUUCUCCUUCAGCAGGUGCUUCAAUGGAACAGAUUGCCUUCGGUUUAGGUUUGGUAUUCGCUGGCGUAUCACAAGUUCUGGGACGCCGCAGUACUUGCCACUUUAAUCCUGCUGUUACAAUGAGCGCACUCGUUGUUGGUUCAAUAAGUUUGCUAAUGUGUUGCCUGUUCAUUAUAAUGCAAUGUUUGGGUUCUGUCGUUGGAGUUGUAGCGGCGCUUGCUAUACUACCUACAAAAUUGAAAAGAACACAUUUGGGGGUGCCGAAACAUCCACAUGUCUCUACUGCGGGCACAAUAAUAAUUGAAGCGCUACUCACAUUCAUCUGGGUCUUUCUGGCAGAAAGCGUGAAAAGUCAAAAGAAGGUGGGUUUGAGAGACACUGCACCAUUGGCCGUUGGUGGUACAAUAAUUGUGGCUUACUUUGCUGCAUAUCGGUUAACCGGAGGUUGUCUGAAUCCGGCACGUGUUUUUGGAUCGGCUUUGAUUUACUUGGAUUGGGAAGAUCAUUGGAUUUAUUGGUUAGCUCCGAUGAUUGGAGGCAUUUUGGGAGCCUUGACUUAUAAAUGGAUUUUUGCUGUGAGGACACCAGUUGAACCUGAGGAUGAUGAACCUGAUUUAUAAGGUGUUGCCAUGCACACGACUUAACAAUCAAAUUAAGUUGACUACUUCAAAUAUAUAAAAUGUAAUAUUGUACUUUUAUCAACAUUUUUAAGAUUAACAUUAAAAUAUAUUU